AUGCGGCGAGAGGUGGCAAGUGACAUUUUGAAUAAUGAUUUGAGCUCUCCUGGAAGGUAUUUGGGGCGUCGACCGCUCUUCACGCUGGGAUGGGAUAUGGUGCUUGCAGAGGAGUCUGCGCCGCAGUUGCAAGCCGCUACCACCGCUGAUGUCGAUAGUGGCGUUGAGAAUGGGAGAGAAAAACAGGGUGGUGAGGGCGCUGCUUUGGGUGGUGAUGCCGCAUCAACGUUGUCGAUCAUGGCAGAGAUGCAGCACAGCGGUGGUACGGCGUAUGCCGCACGUGUAGACGCCUGGGUGGAGGAGACUGCGUUGGCCCCUAGUAGUACGCAGGCAACGGUGGGGGAGGAAAUAAAGGGGCGGCAUCCACUUGCGAUGUCUCACUGGAGCCCGCCCGACGAAUCCCCACCGGCGUGGACGAGACCGUCAUUUGUGGAGAGCAGUGAACAUCCACCGUCCCCACAUGCCGGGCAGGUGGUGCGGCUGCAGGAGGUGUUUCCCGCCAUAGGGGGACGACGCCAUCGACGCAUAGAAGAAGAACGGGCUAAGGCAGGAGAAGGAAAAGAGGAUUGGUUGUUCCCCGAACGGCAAGACAAGAGGGAGGUGGAACCAUCUGCGUCGGUUUCUGAGCGUCGUGUGUCAAGAGAGACCAAACAGGAAACAACGCAUGUCUUUGACGCUACUCACAGCGGGAGCAGUUCGACGAUGGGAGGAGGGGCGGGGAGGAGAGAUAAAUCCCCGUUGAUGGAGUUAGAGAGAAUCACCCAUUCAUGGCAGGAGAUUAUGCAGAAAGCUGGAAGGGGAGGCAGCAAGGAAAAAAUAGAGGAAAGAAGAGAGGGGAAGCAGUCAUGCGGGUCGCCACGACUACAACAGCCGCAUUUGCAUCCGAAUCAUUCGGGGCAGCGGGAAUGGGACGCAAUAGAUACGCGGCAAGAGGAAACAGCCAUGACUGCAGAGGCUGUCAUGAACAUGCAAAGAGCCGCGGAUGAAUUGGCACAUCGAGUGCUAAUGGCUGAGCGUGAACUUGCUGAGCGGCGCGCGGAGUAUGCGGCACUGCGUGAGGACAUCACUCGCUGUCUCGAGGCAAUGGAGUUGCCUUUGCGGAAACAAAAGAGAUUCCUGCGUGAAUUACAAUCUGAGAAUCAACGCCUUCGUCGCUUGCUGGGUUUAUGA